AUGGCUGCACAAUUGGGUGAUGAUGCGCUUUCAUUUGUGCAUGUGGAGUAUUUUCUCAAUUCAUACCAGUUAAAUCCAUCAGAUGCAGAAGUCAGUUUCCGAAAGAUCAACACUUUUUUAAACAAGUUCAAGGAUUUAAUUGUAGAUGUAGGUCAAUUUAAUGAAACUGGUGGUAAUACUACUCCUGUGAGCUCCCUUUCACUAAGAGGCGUUACUUAUGGCAAUAUUGAUAAAGGUAGUUGUGAACAAGCAUCUCUUUUGUCCAAACAUUUGGGGUUAAACUACGAUGAGUGUUUGAGGGUCAUUGCUCAGACGAAAUUGAAAACUGACGAUAAAAUUUCUCUAAUGUCUUUAGCGGACUCUAUCUACCGUGAAAGAAACGCAGUUUUAACCACCAUGCUAUUACUUUUAAACAGUGGUAAUCUCCCUGUAAUACAAUCAGAUUUCGUUUCCAUAAUAGCUACUAAUAACUUUACCAUUUGCGAAAACUUAAUUUCAAUUUUACAAAAUACUUUGUCGAAAAUUGACGCAGAUAUUUCUGAAGUCACUGAUGAAUUAACAGGACGAGAAUGGCAAGAACUUUGGCAAUUGAAGAAAUCCCAGGAUCUGAUAUUUGUUACGAAUAUUCUGAGAACGUUGACUUAUUUGACAUUGAAUACAAAUACACCUACACAUAUUGUAGAUCAGUGGUUUACCUUUUUACGCAAAACUAGAAAUCAGGUAGUAUUUUUAAGAGAUAUUACUUACUCUUCUGUGCCAGAGUUAAUAGGUCGCACUAUAGAAUCUCUCAUUGUGGUCAAUAGUAUACUUAUCUUGGGGCUUGAUAGUACGUCAUCCUCGAUAAAUUUAGAGGCGCCAUUUUAUUCAGAUGUUAACUGUUUCAAGCACAUUCACGAUGUUCUGAAAGAUGAACCUACAAAUCCAGUUAUCCUGUAUAUGUGGUCUUUCGUGCUUUUCACCAAAUCCUUUAUGCUAGAAGAGAGUCCAGAUACUGAACUUCCAUUCAUUCAACAAGUGUUCGGUAAGACACCAAUAUCACAGCUAACUUCGAUAUUUGCAGCUAGAGCCGAAUCCACAGGUGUGUUACAGUCAAUUAAAGAAGUCUCCGAAUCUCUUUCCUCGGAAAGCUUUUAUCCAGCAAUUUUAAGUUCCUUCUUAACGCUUUCUCUAAACUUCAUUCCAAUCAACGUACAAACUUCAGAUAUGAUUAAACAAGUCUUACUGAGGACACCAAAAGAGUUCACGGAGAAGUUUUUGACUAGUGAUGCGUUCGAAAAACAACUGACUAUCUUAAGAGCUAAGUUACCUCUUUUGGAAGAAGCGCUGUUACCAUUAGUUAAUAUCAGUGCUGCUCAUACCCAGUUUGCUAAUUUUGAAUGGAAAGAAUUAAACACUUAUACAACGAAAUUUAAACUGGGUGAGUUGGAUUAUGAUAUAGUCGAUGAUGAUACCAAUGCACCAAAUAUGGAUCUCAUUGUCUUAAAGAAAGAAGCUCUGGUAAAACCAUACUUCAAUAUAGACGAAAAGGCCCUGAUUUCGAUCCCAGAAGAUACCAAGGGUAAGAUUUUGCCAACACCAAGGAGUGGUGAUGACGAUGUUAUUGUGUUCCUAUACAAUUACAAUGGUUGGUCCCUGCUGGGCUUCGUAUUACAAAAUAUUUGCGAUGCUUAUCUCGCAAGUAGUGAUGGUUUGGAUGAAUCUACAGAAUACUUAAUGGUUUCUAUCUUGGACCUAAUUUCAAAUGUUUUUUCCAAAAGAACUUCUUAUGAGAGAUCCCUCGAAAUCAUGCAGCAUUUGUCGAGUUAUACCAGGGAAAAUGAUAUUGUACCCGUAAUAUUCAAAAUAUUCGAACAUUCAUUACACAAGAGGAACUAUAAAGUACUGUGCAUCUGUUCUAAUUUUGUACUUUCACUUUUCUCUAAUUUCCCACAAUUUGUUUGGUCGCAUUGGGCUCGAUCAGAUUUACUUGAUAGAAAUGGGAAAACCGGAAUGGCAGAAGUGGUUCUCGGGUCAAUAGAAUUACCGCUUGGAAAAUACGAUUUUACUAUAUCUUUGAUUAAACUUGCUAAUGAAAUGGUAACGGAAGCCGUUUCUUUAAAAUCAGAUUUCCCUCUAAAAACCAAAAGAGAUAUGUUGGACAAACUAAUUACCCAUUUACUUGAUGUCUACGAAAGUUAUCAGUUUUGGAAAUACACAGAUGUAAUCCAACGAUUUGAAUUAGGGUUCCAUCUCAAUUCAUUGUUUACGAAGGUUCUUUACAAUGUCUAUGGCAUCGAUCCAUCCUCUCCACCUGAUAAAAAGAUUACAAAUGUUUUAGCUUCUCCGGGGUACCGUAUUGUGAACGCAUUUUUAGGCUCUCAAUCUCCUGAUGUGCGGGCAGCAAAGUCCUUGUUGAAUAUUCUAAACUCCCCGCUAAAUUCUCAGAUUUCUUUGCUUGGUGAUAAGGCAUUCGGAUUUAUCUAUUUGAGGUUGGUCAAGCAUUCAUACGAAUUGGCGUUUUUGUUAAUAUCAAUACGUGGUUCAUUAAAGAUGCAUCCCAGUACUUUAGAAAGGAUGAUUUUCGGUGCCUCUUCAAAUUUGGUAGACAUUUACAAUUCAAUACCGACCUUGAAGCGUUAUAUUGUCAGGUUAUUCAAAUCAUUAGUGGAAGUUCCUUGGACUGACGAUUAUUUGUUCCUUUUAUCUUACUUGGGUCAAAGGCAUUCAAAAAUGCUAUUGAACUCUAUAUCAACUGAUCUAGAGGGUCCACUCGCAGAUCACAAAUUGGCAAAGGAUAUAUACAUGUUCUUCAGUGCAUUGAUGGAGAGUAAACAAGAUGGGUUAUCCAUUUUAUUCUUGACUGGUGACAUUGCAUCUAAUAAAACUGAAGAACAGGAGCAACAACCUGCUGAUAAGAAAUCCAUUUUGAGUGUUCUCAAGAAAAAUGCACUACACCUUGAUGAGCUUCCUGAAUCAGUGGGAUGUUGUUUGUUGGAUGCGAUAGCAUACGCUUUUAAUACCUGGGCGAACGCUAAAGAUUCUAAAGCAGAUUCUGAAUUUAUCAGUGCAUUACUUAACCAUUUGAAAAAUUUCCAACCCACUCCUGCAUCUACUAAGGAAGACAUGAUUGCCCUGUCAGGCAGAUACAAAUUGAUUUCACGGGUGGUGGAGAUAUUUGCCCUUUAUCUUUUCAUUUCUGCGGACGUUGACCCUCAGAUAUUCCAACUAUUGAAUCAUACAGAUUUAUCAAAGAUAAUAAAUCCAUUUUUCGAAAUCGAUGGUUAUAAUGAAACCCUUCAUGAGAAUCUACACGAAAAUUUUGAGAAAAAAUGGCCUAAGCUCAAGCUUACAUGCUUUACUAUGUCCCCUCUAUUCCAAUCAAGCGGAUUCUCGAAUGAUAUGGUCUUUGCAAUUCCUUUGAUGGAUCAAUUUUUUGGCAAUGAUGAGAAAUGGAUAGGAACUGGUGAGAUACAAGGAUAUAGAGACGAAGUAUUUGAGGCCUCAAUUAAUCUACAAUAUGUGAGUCAACAGAUUGCAGCUGCUAAGGCUUGGGGUGCUCUAUUAACAACAUUCAUCAAAAAGACUACACAACCACUAAAAGAUACUUUCAUCGACUUAGUAUCACACUUCUUACAAGUUAAUAUUGACAGCGGAAUAAAAUCACCCCUGCUUACCCAGGUUUAUUUUGAAAGGUUAGAAUUGUCCUUUUACAUUUUUUAUGCUUUCCAAAAGAGGGCGGAACCUGUUCCUGAGAAGAAGUUGCUCAAACUACUCGAUCAAAUAAUCAUUGUUUUCAAAUCUGAUGAGGUCAAUUAUUUGGGUAACAUAUCUCACUCACGCAACAGGAAUUUCUACAGACCCAUUUUGAGAUGUGCAUUAAUUCUUCUGGAUCUGGUUACCACCGGAACUCAUUUUGUUGAAUUGGCAUCUGAUAGUCUGCUUGAAUUUUUUGAACUGUCUUUCUGCAAGGGUUUCCAUUUGAUAUUAUCUGAAAUCUUGUCUGAUAUCAGUACUUCAACGUCCAAUGGUAAACAGGCUGUGGUUUAUAAUAUGGCAUCAAGAAUACAAGAUCUGUUUUUGUUGCUCUCACUGUUUACCAAGAUUAGGGCGCUGAAGCCUUCAGAGUCGUUUAACUUGAUACUUGCUUCUUCUUUGAAUGAAGUUGGUACUGUUAAAGUCAUUUUGAGCUUAUACUCGACUUCUCAUUUGCUGAAGGUUAACGAUGAAGCUAUUUUGGGACCACUGACGUUGACGUUUGUGUCAGAGCUGUGCUCGAUUAAAAAUGUUGCAGAGAAAUUUAUUAUCAACGGCCUAUUUGCAGUUCUACUGGAAAGUCCAGUGUCUGUGGCUAUUCAACAAGGUGAUGUCAGACCUGAGAGCAGGCCAAGUUUGCACAACCUAUGGACUAACGGGCUUUUAUCAAUCAUAUUACUACUAUUAAGUGAAUUUGGCAUCAAAGUACUACCUGAGUGUUGUUUAUUCAUAUCGUAUUUCACUGAGCAAGUAAGUACUGCAGUUUUAAGAUGGUCUGAUGGCAAACUUGCUGUUUCAACAGCAUUGAUCAAAGAGACUUCCCAAUUGGUACUGCUUCAAAAGAUGCUAAGUGCAUUAGAUUAUCAAAGUUAUUUGCUAAAUUCUAAGACUCAAUACUUGGUUGACGAGAACGAGAAACUGUUCGAACUCUUACCUGGAUUGGAUACAGAUCAAGAGAAAAGAGCACUGAGCGUUGCCCUGAAUCGUCUUUUGACACACCCCAAGUAUUUAAAUUCCAGAAUUGUACCAACAAGUUUGGAAGAGGCAAGACUGUUGGAAGAGGAACACACUAGAGUCGAGUUCGUCAAACACAUCAGUAGAGAGAUCAAAAAAUUACAGGAAUCGCUCUUUAAGGACACAUAA